AAAGCAUAACACAAAAAUAAAAUAAAAUAAAAUUGAAUACAAUGCCGUGGCUUAUAAAUUAAGGACUCCAUUUCCCUGCAAAAAGCAAAGCUUUAGAAGUUGGAUAGAGUGGUAGUGCCAACAACUUCUUCUUUCUCUCUCACCGACACUCACGCCUGAGACUGGAGCCAGAUAAGAAAAAAAUCAUCUAUGGAGGACGGCGCAGGAAGAGGUUUGGGAUGCCAGAAGACUAUGGAUGGGAAGGCGAGUAACGGGAAUGGUGUAGGAAAGGAAAUUCCUUCCUGUUGUUUGAAGGCUUUGGCUUCAUCCCCUGAGUCUGAGGCAAAGUGUCAUUCCACUGUUGUUUCUGGCUGGUUCUCGGCAUCUCAGACUCAUUCUGGCAAGUCAAGGAAAGUUCAAUAUUUUAACAAUCCAAUGUGGCCAGGAGAAGCUCAUUCCAUCAAAGUUGAGGAGAUCCUCUUCAAGGAAAAGUCAGAGUACCAAGAAGUCUUGGUUUUUCAGUCGGCGGCAUAUGGGAAAGUGCUGGUGCUUGACGGGAUUGUUCAGUUGACUGAGAAGGAUGAAUGCGCUUAUCAGGAGAUGAUUGCUCAUCUUCCCCUUUGUUCAAUUGAGUCCCCCAAAAAUGUUUUAGUUGUUGGUGGAGGAGAUGGUGGGGUUCUAAGAGAAGUAUCCCGCCACAGCUCUGUUGAACACAUUGAUAUUUGUGAGAUAGAUAAGAUGGUUAUUGAUGUAUCUAGGAAGUAUUUUCCGGAGUUAGCCAUUGGGUUUGAAGAUCCUCGAGUACACCUGCAUGUUGGUGAUGCUGUUGAUUUUCUUAAACGUGCUCCUGAAGGAAAGUAUGAUGCCAUCAUUGUUGAUUCCUCGGACCCUGUCGGUCCUGCUCAGGAACUUGUAGAGAAACCAUUUUUUGAUACAAUAGCUAAAGCUUUAAGGCCUGGUGGAGUUCUUUGUAAUAUGGCUGAAAGCAUGUGGCUUCAUACACACCUUAUUCAAGACAUGAUUUCCAUUUGUCAAGAAACAUUCAAAGGUUCUGUACACUAUGCAUGGGCAAGUGUUCCAACAUAUCCAAGUGGCGUUAUAGGCUUUCUUCUGUGCUCGACAAAGGGGCCUCCUGUUGAUUUUGUGAAGCCCAUCAACCCCAUCGAAAAGAUAAAAGGUGCUGAUAAGCAUGGAAGAGAACUUCGGUUCUAUAACUCACAGAUGCAUUCAGCUGCUUUUGCAUUGCCCACAUUUCUGAAGAGGGAGGUGAGCUUGCUGCGAGAUAAGCUUGAUCAGUAAACAAGGCAUGUUUGUGUGUUGUAGCCUCUCCAAAAAUCUUGGUUAAAAAUUGUUGAGAUUAUUUGUGUUGUUAAGACCAAAUUCUGUAUAUGGAGAUUGACUCUUAUGUUAAAAUCUGGCAAUUUUAGGUUGCUUUGUCUUUGUUGUUUACUUACUCUUUUUGGUUUUAUGCUUGUAAGCGUGUUUACAUGCGUUACAUAUAUAUAUAUAAAAUUAUGAUGUGGUAAUAAUAAUUUGCCGA